AAAAAAAAGCACCUUUUUGUAAAUCAGUUCUGAAAAAAGGAACGAUGCUGCCACCAGCUCUAAAUAUUCCUAAAUGGCUUGAAGCCAACUCUCACCUCCUUCAGCCCCCGGUAAACAAUUACUGCGUCUACCACCCCUCCUCUCCCGCAACCUCUGGGUACACGGUGAUGAUAGUCGGCGGCCCGAACGCCCGCACUGACUACCACAUCAACUCGACUCCCGAAUUCUUCUACCAAUACCGGGGCUCCAUGCUGCUCAAGACUGUGGAUACGAGCACCAACCCGCCCACCUUCCAAGACAUCCCAAUCCAUGAGGGUUCACUGUUCUUAUUGCCCGCGAACACCCCGCACUGCCCCGUGCGCUUUAAGGAUACGGUGGGCGUCGUCAUGGAGCAGCCAAGACCUGGAAAUGCGGAGGAUGCGAUGAGGUGGUACUGUCGGAAGGAGGGAUGUGGGGAAGUAGUUUGGGAGAAGAGGUUUGUCUGUACGGAUCUGGGGACGCAGGUGAAGGAGGUGGUGGAAGAGUUUGCGGGCGAUGAGGGAAAGAGAACGUGCAAGGCGUGCGGGACGAUUGCGGAGUCAAGGUUUAAGGAAGGGGAGGUCGUACAGCCUCCCAAAAUACCGGAGUAGAUCGGUCAGAUGCGAUGAUGAGAUGAGGUAUGACAAAAAAAAAGUAGGGUGUCAGAGUUAGCAAAGCAAACGGUGAACACCAUGUAUAAGUUAGAAGACUUCUAAUUAUCGAUUAUGGCACCAGUGGCUAGUACUAGUAGUAUGACAUGGGCAACGUAGGGCUCCAAGAGAGAUGAAUAGAGGGAAGAAUGGUGAGGUUGUUCCGGAUCUGGGGAUCGCAAGAUAGCCGACAACGACCUUGCAACAAAGAAAUCAAUACUAAUAAAACAAUUAUCCAAGCGGCCGAACCGAGUUGCAGUGCGAACAUGCUUCAUCUGGUAUAUGGAACAGAGCGCAAGAACGAGAGCAAAAGCAGAAACCUGACAUUAGUACAUGGGUAUGCGUAUGGUACGGUUCAUGCGAGCAAGACGAUUAUAAGAGGUAGAUGGAAGGUAAUAACGAGCCCGCUAAAGCCAGUUUAAAGGGCAUGUCAUGUCAGUUACUCGGGGCCAUCAUAGGCUAUUGUUCUUAAUCAUCGAACGGGCAGUCUAUGCUCUCGUGUCCGUCCCGCUCGCACAGAGCGCACCAUUUCGUCUCGUCAAUGAUGCCACUCGCCUU